UCACUAUCAUACGUUUUCAUUACCACUACAAAUACUUUCCAAUGCCACAAGCAAUAUCAGUCUGAAAAUCGAAAGACAUAGUACUAUACUCGCAACAAUGAAGGUACCUCUAAAAAAAUUCAGGCCAACCGAGACGACCAAGUUGCUAGAUGAGUUAAACAAACUCUUCUAUAUAUUUGCAUUCAGAGGCUUCUGGGUAGAAGAGGUCAAAUUGCCGAAAACUUUUGUAAAGAUAUACGACGCUAUGUAUCCCGCGCUGAAUGUCUCAUUGGUGAUAUUUUGCGCAUUACAAAUAGGAGCGCACUUCACGCAGAAACACUUGAAUAUACAACAAAAAAUAAACAUCAAUAUUAUGGGCAUCGCCCAGCCUCUAACUAAAUUGUGUUGCUUGAACUGCAUGUAUUAUAAAGAAGAAUGUAAGCAGGUGCUGUACCAUUUAUUCGUCGCAGUAAAGGAGAUAUAUAAUGACGAAGAAACAGAAAAAAUGUUAGUAAAAAAACUGAAGUUUUCGCUGUGGGUGUAUAUGUUUAGUUCUGUGUCGACUACCUUAUUAUAUGGGAUGUACGCAUUGAUCGAGAUGGUGAGAUCAGGAUCAACAUUCGUAGGAACGGUAACAGCAUGGCCUGACACCACAGACACUUCGGCAUUAGCCGCUUGCGCAAGAGUCUAUUUGUAUUUCUUUUGGAUCGUUUACACCUCAACCGGGUCUAUGGUCAUCCUCAUGGUUUUAACGUUUUUUAUGGGCCUGACUUACCAAUAUAAGAAUUUACAAAAAUAUUUUGAAAAUCUUAAUAGUAUUUUUGAAGAUAAACAAGUAACCCACGAAGAACUGGAGAUGAAUUUCGAAAAGGCCUUACAGAAAGGGAUUAAGGCGCACUCCGAUACAUUAUGGUGCGUCAAUCAAUGCCAGACAAUAUGUAAAAGAAUAAACAUGGCAAUCGUUUUAAUUAAUACUGGGAUCCUAAUCGUUCUAAUGCAGGGUUUUCUGGAUAGUAAAGAUGAUAUUCUCAAGGUGGGCACUUGUUUAAUCGUCUUGGGUAUGUGUCUCAUGAUCUUGGCAUUUUUCAUGUGGAAUGCCGGAGAUGUCACCGUUGAAGCUCAGAAGCUUUCAGACGCCAUCUACAGCUCUGGCUGGUACAACUGCUACGGCAAGAGAUCCGCUCGCAUCAGAAGUUUGGUGGUUAUCGCCAUGAUUCAAGCGCAGGAGCCCGUAGUAUUCACAGCUUUUGGAGUGAUCGAGCUAUCAUAUGAAACUUAUGUCGCUAUAAUUAAAUCUGCAUAUUCGGUGUUCUCAGUACUUUACUAAUGUUUAUAAGUGAACAUUUUCACAUUUUGAAGAAAAUACUCUUUCACUCUAUAUUUAUUAUGCACUAUGCACCCUGUAUUUUAAUUCAGUUUAAAUAACUAUCUCUACAAAUAAAUGAGUAUAGAAG